AUGACGGAGUCGGAAACCGUCGGCGCCAGUGACUGUCUUGGACAAACUAUCUGGACUAUGAACUUCCUGAAACACCAGGGCAUACAUACGCGCAGGAGAUACUGUUAUCAAGAUAAUGAUCGCAUUAAGAGAGGCGACAUCCACCUGCUCUAUUGUCCCACGGCGGACAUAGUGGCAGACUUUUACUCCAAGCCACAACAAGGCAGCUUGUACAAGCGCUUCUGCGACAUGGUAAUGGGCAUGACUCCAGUACCGCCCGUGGAAGAUCCCUCCUUUACUUGCCCGACAUCUCAGGAGCGAGUUGGAAGUAGUAUUUUUGGAGCUGGCGGACAACGUACGGACGGCGAGAAUAUGACCAAAAUGGCCAGACCAACGGUGACAUGGGCAGACCGCGUUCGCGGUUUUGCUGGUGGGAUUGCCAGACCAGAGUUGCUUGGUCCCGCGCAUGAAAAACUAGUAAAUAGGUAA